GUGGAGAAUGAAGCAAUGGACGUUGGGAAGAUUGUUUUGUUUGGCCUGUCACUUGCUCUGGUUCUUGGCCUUGCCAAGAGCUUUGAUUAUCAUGAGAAGGAGUUGGCGUCGGAAGAAAGCCUCUGGGACUUGUAUGAGAGGUGGAGAAGCCAUUACACUGUUUCUCGAGACCUGACAGAGAAGAAGAAGCGUUUCAACGUGUUCAAAGAGAACUUGAAAUACAUCCAUGAAUUCAAUAAGAAGGAUCACCCCUACAAGCUGAAACUGAACAAGUUUGCAGACUUGACCAACCAUGAGUUCAGGAGCUUGUACGCUGGCUCCAAAGUAAACCAUCACAGGAUGCUCCGAGGAAGCCAACGUGGUGGAACAGAGGGCUUCCGGUAUGAGAAAGAGAGCAACCUACCCGCUUCAGUCGACUGGAGGAAGAAUGGAGCAGUCACUGAUGUGAAGAACCAAGGGCAAUGUGGCAGUUGUUGGGCAUUUUCAACCGUGGCUGCAGUUGAAGGUAUAAACCAAAUCAAAACGAACAACCUAGUUUCAUUGUCCGAGCAGGAGUUGGUAGACUGUGAUACCACUUAUAAUCAAGGUUGCAAUGGAGGACUAAUGGAAUAUGCAUUUGAAUUCAUCAAGAAAACUGGAGGAAUAACUACUGAGAAAAAUUAUCCCUACACAGCUAAACAAGGAACUUGUAAGGAAGCAAAGAAAAAUGCUCCAGUUGUAACCAUUGAUGGGCACGAGAACGUACCAGCUAACAAUGAAUAUGCAUUGAAGAAGGCUGUUGCAAACCAACCUGUGUCUGUUGCCAUUGAAGCUAGUGGUACAGACUUUCAAUUCUAUUCAGAGGGCGUAUUUACUGGAAAAUGUGGCACAGAGCUUGACCAUGGAGUGGCAAUUGUGGGCUAUGGAACAACUAUUGAUGGGACUAAAUACUGGAUAGUGAAGAACUCUUGGGGACCUGAUUGGGGAGAAAAAGGCUAUAUAAGAAUGGAGCGCAGUAUCUCCUCUAAAGAAGGACUAUGUGGUAUAGCCAUGGAGGCCUCAUAUCCUAUCAAGUUCUCACCAAAUCCUACUGAUACAUACAUUCCCAAGGAUGAACUAUAGAGAAAUUAAUUGGUCAUUGGGCAUAAAAUGUGCAAACAAUCCUUCUCACAAAUUUGACGAUUAUGUUAGCUCAUAUGAACAUAUUUGUCAAGCUGUAUGAGUUUUAUAUACCUAGUUUGUGAAAGACUUUGAUUCAAAUAUGGGUAUGAAAUAAAGGUGCUGUUUGUUUGAAUUA